CAGGAAGUAAACGUUCUACUAUGAUGUGGAUCUGAAACAUGGAGGAGGAUUUAGAUAAUAUUCUAGAUGACUGGUUCAUCGAGUCUAUAAAGAUUUACAAAGAUCUUCAUGUAUAUCAACUGGAAAAUCCCACUCAGGUCCUCGAGUGGACCUCAGGAAGGAAUGUUUGUGUCGCCGGCUACACCUCAUCAUCUAAAAAUGAAAUCUUGGAGCUUCAUCUGCCACUGAAACUGUUGGCUGAUAAAAAUAAGGGUCUCUGUGCUGAACGGGAUUUUAAAGUGGUCCAUGGUGGGUUUGCAGACGGUCCGGUUCGCCGUCUCAGACACAUCCCAGGAACAAGGUGUGCUGUUACAAAUGAUGGUCAUAGCUCCAGUCUGCAGGUGUGGGAUCUUGGCGGCGACGACAGCGAUGUGAUCAGAAGGACAGGAAGUGUCGAGGGCGGGAGGACGGGUUCAGUCAGAGGCAGCAGAAUCGCAGCUCGACCGUCAUCUCAGCCGCAGGUUCUUCACGGAGCCCAGAGCGACGACGUCCGGCUGACGGAGAUCACAUCAGGACGGACCGUUUACAAAUUAGAGGUGGAUUCAUCAGAUGCUCUGAGUUCCCUUCAGUUUGUGACUGACAGCAUUGUCGUCGCCGGCUGCUGUAAAGGCAGCAUUUUAGUCGCUGAUAUUCGGUCGCCGGCUGCUCCUCAGGUUUGUUGUCCUCCUGCCUCCUCAGCUGAGUCGGUUCUCUGGUGGACGGACGCUUCAGCGUCCAGCUCCAGGUUGAUCCGUCUGUCCUCAUGUGGUCAAGCCGUGGUGUCGGAGCUGAGGAUGCUGGGAGGAGGGGCUGUGUGUCAGGCCCAGCUCGACAUCCAGAUGCGAGGCUCCGACUCUGAGGACGUCGUGGUGUCGUGGGCUCCAGCGCUGGAUGACUGCAUUGCUGUGUCCGGGUUCAGUGGGGCAGUUCAGAUCUACAACACGUCUUUGUGGAAGUCCGAUCUGCAGGAAACCACGCCGCUGUUUCAACACAGAGGUCACAUGGUGUCAUCGCAGCAGCCUGAUGGCGUCCUCACCACGGCUCACGCGUGGCAUCCUGAACGUCCGCGAACGCUGCUGUCCGCUGCCUCAGACGGAUCCGUUCAUGUGUGGGACUGGGUCAACCAAUCUGCUGCCGAAUCGGGAUCAGCUGACCCUCCCACCUGAAAACAGGAAGAGGACUGGAGCUCUGUUAGUCUCCACCGGUGAGUGUUUGGACUGGAAACCUGACUGACAAACUGAAAACAUGCAGCUGCUCUAAAAAAGAUGAAACUGAAAGAAAAGUGAAGAAAAUGUUCACAAACUUGUUGCAUAUUGUGAUAAUGUAUGGAAUUUCAAACCGUUGUCAAUUUUCGGCAGUUUGACUGAACUUUUUUUUUCUGUUUUCACACAUUUGGUGUCGUUUCCUUUAUACUCUGACUGUUUUAUCAAAUUAAAUAAAAAAAUUGCAGUAUAUCACAGUGUACUGAAUCACAGCCAUCCUUUCCCACAGGUUUUCAAAAGGUUCUGUCUGGAUUCAAGAAUUUCUCCUGAGUUUGCAGAGGAUUUAUGCGCACAUUAUACCAUCAAUUAAUUGUGGACCAUUAGUGCCA